AUGUCGCAGUACAACUCGAUGCCGUCCCCAGGGGUCUACGUUCCCCCAUCCCAAGGCUCUCCAGCGCAAUCGCAAGGCGCCCAGCGGCCCUCGAGCUAUCAGCCCAAUGCCACGAACUAUGGAGCACAAUAUCAGGCUCAGAAGGGAGGAGGCACGUUUGGCCAGAUGAUGAAUCAGCGGCUUGAGCAGGCGGUGACAACAGGAAAGCCAAUGUUGAACAAGCUGGGCAAGACUAUAAGCUCAAAGCUAGGGAACAAGCCUUCGGGAGGCCCACCGCAACAUCUGCAGAGCUAUCAGAGUUACCAGACUCACUUUGGGCAGCAGGGCCAGAGUCAACCAUAUCAGCAACCUCAGGGUCAUGCUUUCAGUCCUCAGCCGCAACAGCAGCAAUGGGCACCUACGCAGCAUCAACCCCCACCUCAAGCGCCGAAUGCCUACCCACCUUCGCAGCAGUCUCCGUACCAGCAACCCAGCUACUCUACACCCGCUUCCGGCCACUCGGGGCAGACCAACUACUUCCCACAGCAGACGACUCAAGCGCCCAACACACAGUCUCAUACGCCGCAGUCGCCGCUCACGACCGCAGGACAUACUUCAUGGCAAUACGGCCAAGGCGGCGGGAUAGCGGAGCAUACACAGACACACGGAUACAAUGGGCAGAAUCAGGCGCAGCCGGGUCAGCCUCAGGCGCCUGUCCCGCAACCGACACAGGAAUCUGGCCAAUAUACUGGACAGCAGAUGGGAGUAGUGGGAGACUCGUACGUCGCUCAACAUACACCACCACCCCAGACUACGACCAUGUCUCCGGGGAUACCCGCCCAGCCCAUGCAGCCACAGUGGGAACAGGCAGGUGCCGGACAGCAGUCGAGUUCCCCAACAUAUUCCACACAGCAGAACACCACUGCGGCAAGCCCGCCACCUCAUUCACAGCAACAGUGGAAUAGCCCGUCUCCAGGUGGUGCAUACGGCCAAGGACAGUCGCAGAUGCCUGCCCACUCCGUUAGCCCUCCGCCUAUACAGCCGAUGACUACGGCACCUCAAAUGCCGUCAAACAAACCUGCACAGUCAAGUCAGUCGUCAACGCCCGCACCGCAUCAGGCUCAAUAUUCUGCGCCGCACGAAUUCAUCGCGGAGCUUCCUGCAGAUCUUGGAAACUUGACUAUUGCAGAAUCGAAGCCGAAGGAACGUGAACCAUCAGUCUCAGGUUCGCAAUAUCAAGCCUUCCACCCUUCGCUAUCUCCGACUGGAUCGCCAUCGCCUGGCUUUACCAUUCCUCGGCGGUCGUUUAGUGUCAGCACGAUUCCACUGGCUGAUCCGUGGAGGUUUGCAGAUGCGAUCACUGAAGUUCCAACACGCGAGUUCUACAUUCUGGCCGAUUUGCUUUUCGACGCUCUGGACCGGAAGUUUGAGCCAAAGAACACGGGCCUUCUGGAAGCACCAAAGAUCAUCGGAAGCUGGGUGAAAUUGACCGAAGACGCGUGUCGUGAGUGUCUGAAUUGCCGACAGAUGAUGCAAGACUAA